CUGGGGAGUGUGCUUGAUAAAGUCUGUGAGUUAGAAAAAGCCCUUGUUGACUUGCUGAUGCUCAGCGAUAAGUGGAAACUGCGAGUAGAAGUCACAAACGAUUUAAGCUAAACCACGAAAGCACCUGGUACUUCACGGUCCUGAUCUGUUGACGCCAUGCAUUCAUUCUGUCUCAGGAUAUUGGCCCUGCUAUUGAGCCUUACAGGCUUGGCCAACUGUGUAACAGUGACAAUACCAAACCCUACAAUCAAUGUGACUGGAGGAAACAGUGCCACUCUAUACUGUACAUAUACCCUUGCUUCAUCUAGCACAAACAAUUUGCUAAUACAAUGGAAUCUCAUCGAAGCUCAUUCACAACUGCCAAUUCCCGUGUAUUAUUUCCAGAAUGGACAACCCUUCCCUGUGGGAAGAUUUAAGAACAGAGUGACAGGUUACAAUAACACUGGAAAUGCUUCAAUAACUAUUUCAAACCUGCAGCCACAAGAUACUGGAUUCUACACUUGCGAGGUGUCCAACCUUCCAGACCCAAUUGGAAUGGGGCAUAUUCAAGUGAUUGUACAGGUUGCCCCAUCUACCCCACACUGCGGUAUAGAGGGGGAUAUGGCGGUAGGACACAGUGUAACACUAUUAUGUGUUUCUAGGCAAGGAAUGCCCUCGCCAGUCUAUACCUGGAACAGAGUAGUGAGUGGAGUCCUAUUGCCAGUAAAUGUUGAGCAGAGUGGAGGAGUCUUAGUCAUAGGCAAUAUGACUAAAUUUGAAGAUGGAUACUACCGAUGCACUGCAAGCAACAACCUGGGCAAUGCAACCUGUGAAAUGGAUCUCCACACAGGGGGAGAAGCUGGCAUUAUCAUAGCAGGGGUUAUUGGAGCAAUGCUCUUGGCAGCCAUUAUCUUUGUUGUUAUCUGGUUCCUUGUAGCAAAGAAGAAGAAGAAAGCAAAAAAAUCGACCACUGAAAUGAAGUAA